GUCAUGUGGCAGGUCAGUGCCCGCUCCCUGAGCCGGGCCAGUUCCCGCGCCUGGCAGAGGCGGCUGCCCUGGCCCGGCCCCGCACCUGCAGCCCCACGGAGCCGCGGCCCCGCGUGGAGCCCCGGGACAGCCCCCGCCCAGGGACUCUCCUCCAUGGCCCCCUCCAUCCACCUGUCGCCCGCCGCCCGCAGCCUCUUCGAUCAGCCGCUGGCCAUCGCCGUGCAGGGCCUGGGCCCGCGGCAGCAGGUCACUCUGCGGACGUCCUUGCGGGACGAGACCAGAGAGCUCUUCCAGGCCAGUGCCCGCUACCAGGCGGGCGACGACGGCGAGCUGGACCUCGCCCGCUGUCCUGCGCUGCCGGGAGGCAGCUUCUCCGGCCUGGAGCCCAUGGGGCUGCUCUGGGCUUUGCAGCCCGAGAAACCUUUCUGGCGGCUGGUAAAGCGGGACGUGCAGAGCCCCUUCCUCCUGCAGCUGGAGGUGUUUGAGGGCCACGGGGAGCGCCACGGGCGGCUCCUGGCCCAGGCGCAGCACGAGCGGGCGUUCCUGCGGGACGGGGUGCGGAGAAUCCCGGUGCGAGAAGGGAGGAUCCGGGCGACGCUUUUCCUGCCCCCCGGAGAAGACACCUUUCCAGGGAUCAUUGAUAUACAUGGACUUGGAGGAGGUCUUUUUGAGUCCAGAGCAAGCCUGCUGGCCAAUCAUGGCUUUGCCACACUCGCCCUGGCUUAUUAUCAAUUUGAGGAUCUGCCCCAGGAACCAAAGACACUCCACCUGGAAUAUUUUGAAGAGGCAGUGAACUAUAUGCUGCAGCACCCACAGGUGAAGGGUCCAGGGGUUGGCCUGCUUGGUUUCUCCAAAGGAGCCGAAGUGUCCCUUGCCAUGGCUGCCUUCCUGAAGAACAUCUUGGCUGUUGCUUCCCUCAAUGCCCCUGUUGCUGUUACAGCGAUUCCUCUCUCUUACAAAAAUAAAAUCAUCCCCACAGUGGCCUUAGAUGAACACAAAGCCAAGGCCACCAGUUCCACAUUUCUUGACUAUUCUGAUGGCAUGGAUGAUCCCUUUCAAGCUCCUGGCGACCAAAGCCGGAUCCCACUAGAGAAAGGUGAGGCACAGCUUCUAUUCAUGGUGGGCCAAGAUGACUGUGUUGUCAAAAGUGAGUAUCAUGCUACUGAAGUCUGCAAGCUUCUGCAAGCUCAAGGGAAGAAAAAUUUUCAGAUUCUCUCCUACCCUGGAACAGGGCACUGCAUAGACCCACCCUUUUUCCCUUUGUACCACAUAGGAAGCCACCCUGUUUUUCACAAGCGAGCAGCCCUGGGUGGGGAGCUCAGGGCUUAUUCUAAAGCUCAGGUUCAUGCUUGGUCACAGAUCCAGGCAUUUUUCAAAAAGUAUUUAAUUGUUAACUAAUGUGCAACAAAUAAUGUGCAAGUAACACACCAUUUUGAACAACCAGAUCUGAUAAAUUCUACUGCAGUUAUGAGGUCAAACCUUUGUCACAGCUGUACCAGUAAAACUGCAGUAUCUUUCAUACCUUUGCAUAUCCAUAACACAGAAAAUAAAUGGGCUUGC